ACAUCCGGGUACUACGGAUUUUCCGUCUCAUGAUUACGCGCGUGAUAAGACAAUAUUAACUUCCUGUAACUUCAUUUAACAAUAUACUUUGUAUUUCAUUUCAAGUUUUGUAGUGAACAUUGAUAUAACUGAUAUUUUUCAAAGGAUAAAAAUGUCUAAUGAUGGUAACUGGACUCAUGGGUUAUUCAACUGCUUUGAUGAUAUUAGCAUAUGUAUACUGUCAUAUUUCGUCCCGUGUGUCGUAUUUGGUCAGAACGCAGAGAAAAUAGGAGAAGGAAGUUGUUUAGUCUGUGGUUUGGUUUAUUUCGUGCCAAUUCUAAAUCUUAUUGAAUGGGUAAACAUUCGUGGAAAAAUUCGAGAAAAUAGUGGAAUAAUCGGCACACCUCUGAACGAUUGUCUGACAAUAUUUUUCUGUCCUCUUUGUGCGCUUGCACAGGAAGGAAUGGAAGUAAAAGGCAUUCCUGGGCUUAUGUCCAUGAGCAGAAGUUAGGACAAUGGAACCAGUCAUUGUCGCUAUAAUGAGGAAAUGCUUAGAGUGCUUUCCAUUCGUUUCUGUUGACUGACUGUUUAUGUGCUUCUGUUUAUAUUUUAAGAUAUAAUAUAUUCCUUACAUGUAACAUUGUACAAUGUAAUCAUCAGUGGAGAUACAUUUACCACAUGUAUUAUGUUUUAUAAUAUAAUUAUACAGAUACAUGUUCAUACUUUUCUAAA